GUAUGAAAUUAAAAAUGAUGUGUGUUCAUCUGAAUGACACUUUCGAUGCCUACGAGCACUAAUGAUGUUAAUGAGCAAAGGCUUGUAUGUAAGUAUGACGUUAGAAUUCAUACACGGUGAAGCUGCUGGAAGCGGACUUGAAUCUCAGAAGCCUUAAGCUAAAGUAAGUAAAUAUACGAAAACCUGAUAAUUCAGUGUAAACAAAUGGCAAAUACCCACAUACUCGUGCAUACAUACAAACGGCAUGACGAUUUAUGAGAUAAGCAACUUUUUCAUCUCAGCUCAGCGUACAGCGUGACGUUAUCUACAAAAGUAAGGCCAUAAAGUUGUUUGGCUUCGAAAAUCGCAAAUCCGUACGCCACGAUCAGUUUCGAUCUUUAACUGCAUACGUUAAGAAGUUUGCGCAAUUUUUUGUGAACAAAAAAGAAUAUUUAUAAAUUACAAAGUACACAAUUUGUAUAACAAAAAAUGCGUUUCCUCAACGCUUUACUACUGUUAAUUGCACUGCUGGCGCCGCACUCUGCACUUGCAGCCGAUAAGAAUUUGGUGUGUUUCUAUGAUUCUGCGAGUUAUCUACGACCAGGUUUCGCCAAAUUGUUACCCACUGACCUUGAACUCGGUCUAAAUUUCUGUACGCAUCUCAUUUACGGCUAUGCUGGCCUUAAACCACACACGCAUGAAGUCUACAGUCUCAAUGUCGAUCUUGAUAUGUUCCAUUACCAUGAGAUCAUAUUAUUGAAGGCGAAAUACCCAAAACUGAAGGUUUUCCUCAGUGUUGGUGGCGAUCGCGAUGUGGACGAGGCAAAUCCACUUAAGUAUUUAGGUUUGUUGGAGAGUGGUCCUGAGGGUCAACAGAACUUUAUAGACAGCUCUAUUUCGUUGUUGAAACGUAACGGUUUUGAUGGUCUCGAUUUGGCUUUCCAAUUGCCACGAAAUAAACCGCGAAAAGUGCACGGCACAGUCGGUUCCUAUUGGAAGAAGUUCAAGAAGCUUUUCACUGGCGAUUUUGUCGUCGAUCCACUGGCUAGCGAGCAUAAGGAGCAAUAUACAGAGCUGACUAAAAAUUUGCGUACGGCACUGCAGCGUUCAAAUCUAUCGCUGUCGAUGACUGUGUUGCCGAAUGUCAACUCGACUUGGUAUUUCGACGUGCCAAAGAUCAAGAACAAUUUCGAGUUUGUCAACUUGCUGGCCUUCGACUUCCUCACACCGGAGCGUAAUCCCGAUGAGGCCGAUUACACUGCACCCAUUUAUCCGUUGCUCGAGCAGGAUCGCCUACCGCACUACAAUGUCGAAUAUCAAGUUGACUAUUGGCUGAAGAAUCAAUGUCCCGGACAAAAAAUCAAUCUCGGCAUUGCCACUUAUGGACGUGCAUGGAAAAUGACACCAGAUUCAGGUUUCUCUGGCGCACCCAUUGUGCCUGGCACAGAUGGACCCGCGCCAGCUGGUCUACAAUCCCAAAUACCCGGCUUACUUAGUUGGCCGGAGAUUUGUGCUAAAAUGCCGAACAAUGUGAAUGCCGAGUACCGGGGUGAGAAUGCGCCGCUGAGGAAAGUCACAGAUUUGGAGCAACGUUAUGGCAAUUACGGUCUACGACCGGCGGAUGAGAAUGGUGAACACGGCAUGUGGGUGAGCUACGAUGAUCCCGACUUUGCGGCGAUCAAGGCGAGCUAUGUGCGCACCAAGGGUUUGGGUGGUGUGGCGCUUUACGAUUUGACCUAUGACGAUUUUCGUGGGCUGUGUACGGGUUUGAAAUUUCCCAUCUUGCGCGCCAUAAAGCAUUUCUUAUAGGUUGAGUCUGGAACUUUAUUAUUAUUAUAUUUAAUAUUUUUUAAGUGUUACAAAUGUACAUACGAGUAUAUGUACAUAUGUAUUUAUGUAAAUAAUAGUUGUAAACGGAAAUUGUAUAAAACUCAAAGUAAAAAUAAAUAUUACGUGAUUUAAAA